AUGCAAGGCAAAUUGAAGACCACCGUCCGCACUUGGGUUGAAGGUGCUAGAGAAGUUGCAUAUCAUGCCGAAGAUGUUCUUGAGACUUACGUUGUCAAAGUUCAAUCCAAGAGGAAGGGAGGUAUCCUAAACAUUCUCAAAAGAUACGCCUGCUUAUUGAAUGAAUGUAUUGUAUACUCCUUCACAAGGGGUGGUCUAGGCAAGACCACACUCUUGCUUACAAUCACCCAAAUGUAA